CUGACCUGAUAUCAACUCCAUUUCUCUAUAUAUGACUUCCUUCAGGCAGUAGCAAGGCACACCGCCCUUCAUUGAGUUGUGCGUUUGUUUGGGAUUUCUACACUUUUCCCAUGGCCUUCAGAAAGAUCGAAAGAAGUGCGGAGCAGAUUUUAUCAGAUGAUUUGAGUUACUGGCGUUUGGCGUCUGUGGCUGAAGUGAGAGACAAUAUGGAUAGGAUUAAGCAAGAGCGAAUCUUAGAUUCGUGGGAUAUUGCACGCCUUUUGGAUGGAUGGGUGGAUGGCCCUGGCUACAGAUAUACUAUUAAGAAUGAGUACAAACCCAACAUGGGACACAUGCUGCUAGUUAGAACAAAAACACCAAGAGCAUCGGAUGGUAAAUUCAAUGAAGAAAUGUACUCUGGAGUGGAGUUGAACAGUGAUGGAAGAAAAGCCGCUCUAUUGCUCUCCUGCGACGAUAAAAUUACUGAAGUCAUGUGCUUCGUUUUAAUGAGUACCAUAGAUAGAUUUGUGGAGACGGGGGAGCGUCAAUCAGAGUUAGAUCGUUUGACAGAAAGUCUGAAGCAGACUUUCUAUCACCGUAGAACGGUAUUGCACUACGCUGCCGACCAGCCACACAAUGGAGAACAUGCACAGUGCGUUGCAGAUUUGAUUCUAAGCAACUUUGAAUAUGGAAGAGAGUUGAUAAAAGCUGGGGAUAAAUAUGGAAGGACUUCUCUUCACUAUGCAGCUCAUCAUGGGCACAUCGGCCUGUGCUGUUUUCUAAUUGCCAAUUGCGGAUUACAUGCGGAUGAAAAGGAUCGAAAUGGUGAAAAUAUACUGCAUCUUGCCGUAAAUAGCAAUAAGACAGAAGUAGUGGACCAAUUAUUGCAGAGAGUGUAUGGCUUGAAGAAUCUAGUUGCUUCUCAGGACGCCAAAUGUAAGACCCCGUUGCAUAAAGCGGCGGCUAACGGUAAUACAGAUAUCAUAAUCAUUCUCCUGCAAGACAUGAAUGAAGCAGACAAGAGACGACUUAUUCGUCAGGCUGAUUUGUUCGGGCAAACGGCACGUCUCGAAGCAGCAAGGGGAGGUCACAAAGAAGCCUUUCAGAAACUAUUGCAAAUUGGAUGGAAGCCGCAAAUUGGAUGGAAGCCUCUUGCUGAACGCAACUCUGAAGGUAAAACUGCACUACACUAUUGUGUGCAGCUCAAAGAUGAAAAAGUGGCCAUUGACAUGGUUUCGAUGCUGCUGUAUCAUUGCCUGCCUGAAGAAAGAUUGCUUCUGCUGUCGGCGUCGGCUACUGGCAUUGGUACAGCUGAACAAUGUGCUAAAUCCGCACAUGUACAAAGUUUUCUCAAGCAGCAAAGAGAAAGUGAAUGCACGGGAAGCUCAAGGGACUUGUUACUCAGCGCUGUUAGGCUGGGAUAUGACAAAAUGGCAUGGGAACUUAUCAAUAGAGGUGCCAAUACUAGUCAAUUACACAACAACAACUUCUUCAACAGCGAAUUGUCAGAUAAUCAUCAACAGCGCAUCAAGAAGUUUCUUCAGCGUGUAGAGAAAAUGCCGGAAGGAGGCCGAGAUCAACCAACUGUCCACGAUAGUCUAGGAAUGGAUUUCGAUUAUAUGUAUCGAAUGCAUCUAUAUAGCAUUGCAUAAAGCAAUGAAAAG